UUUAUGCAACCUUAUCUCAGAUGUCCCCUGAGACCUGGGGCUUGGCCCGGGACUCCUCGUACCAGGGAGAGAGCUGCUGUAAACAAGGAAAGCGUGAGGCUCUCGUAGCAGCUGGAGACUCCCUGGCAAUGAGAAGCUGAAACUGGGACGCAGCACGCAGAUCAUCCAUCUCCCCCUGGCCCUGGGAGCCUCAGUGGUGCCCUGUGAGCUCAACCUGCCUGACCUGCUGUGGGACACGUCCCUGCAGAGUGCCACCAUCCAGCCAUGCUGCACUUCCUCUGGGACAACAUCUCCGUCCAGACAUUCCUUGUCUUUCUCUUUGUCUUCCUGCUCAUUGCAGACUACAUGAAGAACAGAAAUCCAAAGGAUUUCCCUCCCACCCCCUUCCGCCUUCCCUUUUUGGGGCACAUCUAUCUCAUAGACUUCAAAGAUCCUUUGGUUGCAGUGCAGAGGCUGAGUAAAAGAUAUGGUGACAUCUUUGGUAUGCAAAUGGGCAGCAUGAAGUUUGUGAUGGUAAACGGGAUGCGGCUGGUGAAGGAAGUGCUCGUGAACCAAGGGGACAAGUUCAUGGAGCGCCCCGACAUUCCCAUCGAUGAGGAGGUCUUCAGCAAGAUGGGACUGAUCUCUUCCAGCGGGCACCUGUGGAAGGCACAGAGGAGGUUCACGCUGACCACACUCCGAAACUUUGGCCUGGGGAAGAGGAGCCUGGAGGAGCGCAUCCAGGAGGAGUGCCGAUACCUCGUGGAUGCAUUUAGAGAUGAACAGGGGAAUCCUUUCAACCCUCAGUUUAAAAUCACUAAUGGUAUUUCAAAUGUCAUCUGCUCCCUCAUCUUUGGCAAUCGGUUUGAAUACCAUGAUGAGGAUUUCCAGAGACUGCUGAAACUCAUGAAUGACAUGGUUGUCCUCCAUGGAGCCAUCACAAGCCAGCUGUACAACAAUUUCCCAUCUAUAAUGAAGUACUUACCUGGAGCCCACCAUACCAUUUUUAAAAACUGGAGGUUAUUGAAAGAGUUUAUGCAAAAGCAGAUCAACAAACACAAGGAGGAAUGGAACCCCUCAGAGAGCCGGGACUACAUCGACAGCUACCUGCUGGAGAUCUCCAAGGAUCAUGACAGUGACACUUUCCGGGAGGAACACCUCGUGUCCUGCGCCCUCGACCUGAUGUUUGCUGGGACUGAGACCACGUCCUCAACCCUCCGCUGGGCUCUGCUGUUUAUGGCCACACAUCCAGAAAUUCAAGCCCAGGUGCAAGCUGAGAUCGAUGCGGUCAUUGGCCAGGCACGGCCGCCAGCCCUGGAGGACAGGAACAACCUGCACUACACCAACGCUGUCAUCCACGAAGUGCAGAGGAAAGGCAACGUUGUCCCUUUCAACGUGCCAAGAAUGGCAUCAAAGGACACCUACCUGGAUGGCUACUACAUCCCAAAGGGCACUGUUUUAAUGACAAAUUUAACCUCUCUGCUGUUUGACAAGAAUGAGUGGAAAACCCCUGAUGCUUUUAACCCUGAGCAUUUCCUGAAGGAUGGGAAGUUCUGGAAAAACGAGUAUUUUCUACCAUUUUCUACAGGGAAGCGUUCCUGCCUGGGUGAGCUGCUGGCCCGUGCUGAGCUCUUCCUCUUCUUCACAUCCCUGCUCCAGAAAUUCACCUUCCAGGUACCCCCAGACACCACCCUCAGCCUCCAGCCCAUGAUAGGCAUCGCAAUGUCCCCACAGCCCUACAAGAUCUGUGCUGUGCCUCGGUAGGGAAGCCUUGGCCACCGUCCUCACAUGGAAAAUUCUUUGUCAAGGGUGCUGAAAACAAGCCCUUGACAGCUCCAGGGGGAGGCUGGGCGGUUUAUUUCUUUCAAAGCAAUUACAAAAUCAUUUCUUUUACAAUUAGAUCUUGCACUCUGUAUCCCAUGAUAAUGUGAUCAUGGGAUCAGCCUGGGAGCUACCAGGGCAUUAUUAGGCUUGCCCUAUGGCACUGUUAAUUAAUGAGGGGCUUGGGGCUUUCCUAAUUUUAUGACAGAUGGCCAUGGCUCACCUUGGCAAAAUGAGGGACACUUUAGAGACUGCACUGUUGAGGCUGUGGCUGGGUACAAUGGGAGAGCAACAUCAGCCUUUGUUUUAUAACAUUAACACAAGUAUUCGACAUUUCCUUAGUAUGUACUUCUCUAAAAAAAGUCACUUUGUAACACCUGUCUCAUACAUCAAUAAAUCUUUAUCAAAGCAA